CUUUCGGACAGAUGUGGCGAAACAACCAACUCACCUGUACUGCUCUGGCAGGUAUAUCCUGAGGAGCAGUGCACACGCCGAGAAGUAGAGGCCCAUGAUCUCAGACAUGGCCAGAGCAAACACAUUCGAUGACACCGACGUCGACACGAAACGAAACACCGUCAACAGCUGCGCCGUGCGCACACAAGUAGGACACACACACACAAACAUUUGACCAACAUUUGUUCUGCGUGUCUGUCUGUGUGUGGGGAGGGAGGGGCGCGGCGUACCUUUGAUAUGAAUCCUCUGAUGUUGAGGGCGAUGAUGAGCCCGAGGAACAGCAGCGACACGUAGGGUGACCACACAGCCACGUCAAUCGGCACCUACUCACAGACAGACCCACCACACCUAAUGCGUGAAUCUGCCAUCGACUCGUUUGGCGGUUCGCUCACCCUGAGCAGGCCGAAUGCGGCCGAGAGGAACAGGCUGGCAGGGUCCUCCUGGAUCACCCGCCGCAGCAUCACGUUGCUCACCGACAUUGCAACCUGAGACCAACCCAGCACUUGCUAUACUUGUAUGUGCUGGUUGCCGAGUGUGUUCUUCCCACCCGAUAGCAGCAGACGGCUGACAUGCCCCAGCCCAUGACGUCGAGCACCCGCCCGACGGGUGUCCGCGCAUACAACUCGCGAGAACGAGACUCAACCAAAUCAUUCAACCCUAAAAAACAUACACAGACUCACAGAUGGUCUCCACACAAACCCAUCCCUGUGUCAUUCUCACGGACCGAUGAACAGCUCUCUGCUGAAGGCCUCCAGCGCCUCUAUCUCUGUGCUCAGUCGCUGCUCCUCAAUGGACGCCUUGUCCCUCCUGAAUGCGCUGGCAAACGCCUUGCGGAUGAACCGAUUGAGGGCCGACAGUGACGAGGAUGAAGAGGGAAGGGAGAAGCCUGACGGCUGGGGGAGGGUGUCGGUGGGGUCACUGGUGGCGUCAGACGGGAGCGGACCGGUCGGCGGGGUGGCACCUGACCUCCUCUGAGACGGACACACACGGACACAGAGAGAGAAAGUGCUGCUUUGGAUUUGAUCACGUGUGUGAGUGUGCUGUGUGUGUGCAAGUCGGCCGGCAUAUGUGUCUACCCUGCAGAGUGACCACAGGUGGGCGGUCACCUUGGUGGGCUGGGCGCUCAAUGAUAUGUCACCACCCCCAGCCCCACCCCCCAGCCCCGCCCCGCCAAAUGGCAGCCCCCUCCUCGACGGCGACAGCGGCCGGCCCCCCUCGUACCCCACCAUUGCCAUUGGCCCAUCACACGAAUGGUUCUGCUGGUGGCCGCGGAGCAGCAUCAGCCGCAUGGUCUUCUUCUCCCCAAUCAGCCUCAGUGUGUGCAGCAGCCGCUCCUCCACCUCCUGCACCUCUUUCUUCUGCACGGGUGAGAGGAAUGCGGUCAUGUUGCGAUAAGGGAAGUUGAUGGAGCCGAAGGCGGCCAGUGCUGACACGACGGUGACGCCGCAGACGCCCACUCGGGCCAGGAGGUGUGACAUUGUGAGAGAGAAGGGGGGCAGGGUGAGGAAGAGGCUGCCGGACUUGUAGAAGAGGUACCACACAAGCGGUACGGCGAUCAACGAGGAUACCAAAGCCAACAUGCCGCUGUCAUCUGAACCACGCACACACACACACACACACACAUCAGCAUCUGCUUAGGUCUUUUCCCCUGCCCAUUCAGCGCACCGUAUAGCGAGCAGACGGAGAGUACGAUAGCCGUUGGUAUGACGAGGUAGAUGAGUGUGAGAAUGAGCAUGAGGUCGAGCAUCCACACCCAUCGCCGCAGCCCCACUGUGAUGAAGUCGAGCAGCUCGCACAUGAGCAGCUGGAGCAUCGACAUCGACACGGUGAACGUCACCGAAAAGAUAUACUGAAUGUGCAAUGACUUGACCUCGUAAUCCCUGCACAGCCACACACACGAGAAAGAGAAAGACCGGCUGUGCUGCCGUCGAGCGCUGUCUGGCUGCAGAUCUGUGCGUGAUCUGUACCUCCUACCUAUAGAGGUGCUUUUCGAAGAACCAGUAGGCGCAGACGAAAAGGAACGUGUGGGAGAACACCAGCAGCACAAACUCCAACCAAUGCCACAUUACUGACGGACGUAUCUAUGUGAGCAUGGCACACUACAGAUGAGAAAAUUGGUCGCUGCGUCC